CAAAGUCUUUUGGUUUAAUGGUGGAAUAGUGGAGAAGGUAUGUGGUGAAAUGCCUGAAAACAGGGACCUUCUCAUCACUUUCUGAGAGCAACCGGGUGGGCAUUUCAGUUGUUUUAUCUCCACCCAUCCUUCAGCCGAGAAAAGAACAGCAGCAUCACCGGGCCACUCCGGUCUUUAUAAACCCCUCCCCUCGAAGCUCUCACGCAUUAGAGAGGAAAUAACAGAGAAAGACCUCAGCAAAACAGAACAAAUCCAAAUCCCUUUCCAUCCCCCUCCCCCCACCACUGGUCUCUGUCUUCCCCUCUGUUCGAUCUCCAACCCAACUGUAGCCGUCGGUAUUGAUGGAAUUCUUUCCAUCCACCCUCCAAUCCCCGUUCUCACUCUAUUGACUUCUCUCUCUCUUGUACGGUGGAAAGAGAAAAAGAGAUGGCUCUGAGUAGCCCCUGCUCUAUUGCCUGCUUCCACGCCUCUGUCAUCAUGAUCACUAGCUUCUUCCGUCACAAGCUAUAGAAGAAGAGUUUGAAGUAGCGGGAAGUAGAAGACCUGUCGGUAGGGAGAAAUCAUGGCGUUCUCAUCUUAAGCCAGUUCACCAAGGAGUUCUGGAAAGUUCCCUCCUUUUUUUGAUUUUUCUCUGAUUUGAAGUAUAAAGAGAUAGAGGGAGAGAGGAACAGGAGGAAAGAGAGAAAGAAGGACACGGGAAGCAGUUGAUUUAAGGUAAAGUUUUGAGAAGUAUUGGAAAAAUUCCUCAUUUCUUCAUCUGGGUCGGUGAAAAGAGACAGAGCGAGGGAGAGAGGGGAAGAAGAUGGCGCGAAUGAGGUGUGGGGGCUCCAAUAUGGCGGUUUUGCUCCAGAACGAAGGGGUCCCCUGCGACGCUAUCGAGACCAUGCUCGUUUCUGGCUCUUCUCAUGCCGGAUUCCUUGGCUUGAAAUCCAUGAUGAACAUUGACAAUGUUCAUGGGAUUACAACUGAGAGAUCAUUUUACCGGCCUCUUGAGUUGGAAGAAACUGGUGAAGAAAACCUGGAGGGAUUUUUUCACCAAACAGAGAAGAAGAGGCGGCUAACCGCUGACCAGGUGCAGUUCCUGGAGAAGAAUUUUGCUUUUGACAAUAAGCUUGAACCAGAGAGGAAGAUUCAGCUUGCAAAGGAUCUCGGACUUCAGCCUAGGCAGGUAGCCAUAUGGUUUCAGAACCGCCGAGCCCGAUGGAAGACAAAGCAGAUGGAGAAGGAUUAUGAAGUUCUGAAAUCCAGCUAUGAUGUUCUCAAAGCUGAUUGUGAGAACCUACUUAGGGAGAACGAGAAGCUGAAAGCAGAGGUUCUCUUUCUCACAGAAGAACUCCUUAAAAGGGAGAAGGGCGACUCACAAACAUAUGACGUCCAAGUUCCUCCUCCCCUGCUGCAAAAGCUAGACUUGGUUUCAUUUUCUGAGGAGAAAAAGCCCGAUGUGGAUGUUCUGCUGUGUAAACCAGAGGAUCUGAGCUCUGCGAACAGUACGGUAUCAGACUCCGAUAGCCCUCACUGCACUGAUGGAUUACUCUCUCCACCAUUGGAGCCAGCAGACGCUUCAAAUGUUUUUGAUCAGGUCGGUCUCUCUCAUCUUGAUAAGUAUGAGGGAAUUAAAGGAUGCAGCUUCCUGAAGCCUGAAGACAACUCAUGUAAUUACGUUUUUCCUGUGGAGGACCAGGCUUUCUGGUUCUAACCUUGCUGAGAUUCAGCAAUUCCUAGUCUAUACAUGUCCAUCCUGCUACUAGUUUUUCUUUCUUUUCUUGGGUUUUUCGUAUUAUGAUGUAAUGAUGAGUAAGGGGAUGAAUAAAGGUCGUUUGGUGAGACCGAACCUGGUUAGUUUCUUGGUUCU